AUGUGGUGCUUGCUGUCGUUUUAUUUUUUUAUUCGCCUCUCGCUGUCUGACGAGAUCCCUUGCCAAGAGCAGUAUACGGACUGGAUCGUCAUCGAGCCGUGCACCGCGGAAUGUGGGCGUUGCGGGCUGGAGCUGUCCGUCAGGAGUUGUUUCGAGGAAUGCGAGUGCAACGGACCGUUCUACCGUAACAUCACAUGUCCCAAGCGGCACUGUCUACACCCAAAGCCGGCAUGUUGCGAGGGUUUCGUCCGUGUGGUGAAUCCGGCCACGAAGAGGUACGAAUGCGCAAGCCCGGCGGAAAAGCAGCAGCUCGUCGACGACAAGAAAAAGAACCGGGCCGAGGAUUUG